GUUGACGUCGGUGGGCGGGAUCAGAGCGGAAAAUUAUAAGGUCAUUUGAAUUACUCCUGCUGGCGAUUCUUAUCAGCCACAAUGUGGCCUGAAAUUGUAUCGAGGAUUGCUUGACAAUAGAGGGACGAUGACUGUGGGGUCAAAGUCGUCCUGACUGGCAGGAGGAUCUGAGUUCCGAGCCGCCGGAGGAGGAGGAAGGAGCGCGCUGGUAUUAACCACAGGAGGGGGAUCCCGGUGCGCCUUUAGCAACGAGGCGAGCGGCGGCGGAGGGUGGACGACGGGCUGGCCUGUAAGCCGAUCAACGAGCCGCACGUCUUCGGGUUUCUGCGCACCUUCAUGCUGUGACUGUGCGGAAAAGAGGAAGGAUGAUGCGUCUUGCGUGUUGCACGGCCCUGCUGUUUGUGCUGAGGCUGCUGGUGGGCUUGCCCUGGUACCAGGUUUUACCUGCCAUCCUGAUCUUCUACCUGGGCAGUGGAGGUUGGCACUUCCUCAAGAUUUUUGCCAAAACAAUCGGCAGAGACUUACAUGCGGCAAGUGUGCUGUUGCGUGUGAAGAUGAAUGUUAAGCGCCACCUCAGAGAGAAGAACACCAUUCCAAAGAUCUUUGCUGAAACCGUGCAACGCUUCGGGGACAAAACUGCUCUGAUCUUCGAGGGAACCGGGGAGCGCUGGACCUUCAAGCAGCUGGACGAAUACUCCAACAGAGUUGCCAACUUGUUACUGCAGCGCGGUUUCAGGGACGGUGACGUCGUGGCCCUUUUCAUGGAGAACCGCUCCCAGUAUGUGGGCCUGUGGCUGGGCAUGGCCAAGAUCGGAGUGGAGGCCGCACUGAUCAACUUCAACCUGAGAUUGGAAGCACUGGUCCACUGUGUGACCAUCUCCAAUGCCAAAGCUGUGGUGUUUGGAUCGGAGCUCACCGACGCUGUGUCUGAGAUCCACAACUCCAUGGGGAAAGCAGUGCAAAUGUUCUGCUCUGGCGAUUGGGAUCCAAAACGGGUCCCACAAGGAACCGAGUGUCUGGAGCCGCUGCUGGACGCUGCCCCGACACACCUCCCCAGUCGCCCUCAGCGCUGUUUCACAGAUCGCCUGUUCUACAUUUACACGUCAGGAACCACUGGAAUGCCGAAGGCCGCCAUUGUUGUGCACAGCAGGUUCUACCGCAUGGCAUCUUUGGUGUAUUACGGCUUCAGAAUGAGAUCCGACGACGUGCUGUAUGACUGUCUUCCGCUCUACCAUUCCGCAGGGAACAUUGUGGGAGUGGGCCAGUGUCUCAUCCACGGCAUGACUGUCGUCAUCAAACGCAAAUUUUCAGCGUCUCGGUUCUGGGACGACUGUGUCAAGUACAACUGCACUAUUGUCCAGUAUAUCGGUGAGAUCUGCCGCUACUUGCUGAACCAGCCAAUACGCGACACAGAGAAGCAGCAUCGCGUUCGCAUGGCUCUGGGAAACGGCCUGCGUCAGUCCAUCUGGGAGGAGUUCAUGAACCGCUUCAACAUCCCGCAGAUCGCAGAGUUCUACGGAGCCACAGAGUGCAACUGCAGCCUGGGCAACUUUGACAACAAGGUGGGAGCUUGUGGAUUCAACAGCCAGAUUCUGCCCUUCAUCUACCCGAUCAGACUGGUGAGAGUGGAUGAAGAAACCAUGGAGCUCAUCAGAGGAAGUGACGGGGUCUGCAUUCCCUGUAAACCAGGCGAGCCUGGUCAGCUGGUCGGCAGGAUCAUUCAGAACGACCCUCUGCGCAGGUUUGAUGGCUACGUCAACCAAUCGGCAACCAGCAAGAAGAUCGCUCACAGUGUCUUUAAGAAAGGAGACAGUGCUUACCUCUCAGGCGAUGUGUUGAUCAUGGACGAGUGUGGGCACAUGUACUUCAAGGACAGGACGGGAGACACCUUCCGCUGGAAAGGCGAGAACGUCUCCACUACUGAGGUGGAGGGGACACUUAGCCGACUGCUGGAAAUGAAGGAUGUUGUCGUCUACGGCGUAGAAGUGCCAGGUGCUGAAGGAAAAGCUGGGAUGGCGGCCAUCGCUGAUCCGUCUCACUCCUCUGAUCUGGAGAAGCUGGUGAAGGACAUGGACAAGGCUCUUCCCCCCUAUGCCCGGCCAGUCUUUCUCCGCUUCCUUCCAGAAGUCAACAAGACAGGAACGUUUAAGUUUCAGAAGACGGACUUGCGCCGAGAGGGUUUUGACCCCAGUGCAGUCAGUGACAGACUCUGCUUCCUGGACUCCAGCAGAGGGCGCUAUGUGCCGCUGGAUGACGAGAUUUAUCGCUCUAUUGUAUCAGGGAAACAAAAAUUGUGAUGAGCAGACUGACACAGACAAACACAGGAAGGUACAGAGGUGUGAGUCAGAUUCCUGGAUGGAACGCCUCUUCCCGGCAACCCUCACUUUUUAAUUUCCAAAUCCACAGAGCUUUUCUUGAUCCCUACGAGCAGACACGAGCGUAUCCGUCCCACUCUGCUGCCUCAGCGAACGCCUCUUGACGUUCUGGCAGAUUUCAACCGGCCUGCAGUUCUGCUGCGGGUGGACACGCGAGGAUCUGGCAUCCAGAGGCUCAAGCUUAAAUCUGGAGACUCCUAAUGUGAUGACAAUAGACAAACAAGAAGGACACGACGAGGACCUAGUCUUUCCCUGAUUUUGUUAUUUAAGUUGUACCAUGACGUCUCCUGCACAAUAACACAGGUUCCUUCAUUUGUUUUUAAGGGAAUGAUUUAAGGAUGUGAAGCCGUUUGGAAAUGGCAACUAACUUGAGUGCAGUAGUUCUCGCACCCACACCAAAUACGUUUUGUUUACAUAUUUAAAGAAGUGAAUGUUUUCCUUAUUUAUGGAAUUUUAAAGUUUUUGUGAGAUAUUGCAUUUCAUCAUCUGCUGGAGAAUCUUCAAGCUCCUCCUCUUCUGUGUUGUUGUGCAGGUUUGGUCCUUAAAUGUACUUUUCAUGUGUCAUGUGGAAGUGAAGGAAAAAAUGACACCAGCUGAGCCCCGACAAAGAUGGCGGUGUCGGAUCCAAAGAUUCAGUAGCGGGAAGACAAAAAACUACCAACAGAUAAAGAAGUCAUUGUCCUUGUGUGUGUUUGUCUACUGUCCAGGUUGAGCAGCUCAAACGUUCGCCACCAUGCAGAGCACUGUGCCUUAGUUCAUCUUUACGGUUUUCACUUCAGGAACACCUCAGUCAAUUCAGUGUCUCUGCCUCUUCUGUAGAUCCAUCCUUCUCGCCUGCUGGGGACACAAAUGUGAACAUGUUUUUAUGUGUUUAAAGCAAUGAAAACUGACCAAUGCUCAAAUACAUUGUGCUGCUUGAAUUCAAUGACAUAAAUGUGCUGCCACUCUUCCGUCCUUCAUCGGAUAAUUGGAGUGAGAUGACCUUGAAAGUACUGGAUCGUAUGUAAAACUCAGAAUACCAUUGAUCAACUCCUGCUUUCAAAAUGUUCUGCCUCUUUUUGAAUUCUUCUCCUAGUUUGUCAUGAACCAGUUAUUUAAGAAUUGGUGAGCAGCCAUAUUUAUCUUCACUAUUCAGCAUUUAUGUUUUUCACUGGAGCGGUUGUUAAGUGGCCGGGAUGAGGAUCAGCUCCUCUGAGCUUGCACUGGUGGAGGAGAUCACUUAUCUUGGGGUCUUGUUCUCGAGUGAUGGAGGGAUGGGGACAGGCUUAGAAUAGAACCGAUGCUUCCUGGGCACCUUGCUUGUGAGGUGUGUCCUGCUGGGCACAGGCCUAAGUCACACUGACGCGGUCAUAUCUGUCAGUUGUCCCCAACACGCCUCAGUAAAGGAGAAUCUGAGCCUCUUAACUUUGGCUCCUGACCAGGCACCAGGUGUGGAAGACAGUGGAUGUCGGUUAUAGAUUUGAAAGCUGUAAAACAGUUUGGUUCACACUGAGUCAUAAUCCCUACUAAGUUCCUACCGUCUCAUGAAGACACCUUUAGCUGUGAGCAAGGUUCUCCAGUGCUGUAGAGACUUUGAAUUCAGCCGUGAGAGAAGAGGUGAAGACCGAAGUGAUGUCCUAGGAUUCUUAUUUCUUAGUCAAAGUCAACGUCCAUCCCAUAAAUGCAAAAAUUUAAUUCUUAAUCCUCUAUGACUCCUAAUAAUGCCCCAACAUUUGGUGUUCACCGUCCUCCUUGAUCCCACUUAGAACUUGACGUACUUCAUUUUUGACUGCUGCAGUUGGUUGACAUAGUCUGUGUGUGCAUGUGUGGGGGGGGUCGCGCGUCUGCCUCCACCUUCACCCCUCCUAACUGUACUGAUUCUGUAAUGAUGAGUGUUUGAUGUUUGAUGUCCACGUGUGAAUCGGAUGUUUGACCAAUUGACGCACACAAAUGACUUGUGUGAACCCAAGGGAACAAAUGGGCUGUAAUGAUGCUUCUGAAUGGUGGUGGAACUCUCAACACCAGGGGGCGCAUGACUAAACAGCUUCAUAUAAAAUGCACUCAGAAUAAGACGUCUUGCAGUUUUGUUUUGUAAUGAUCAUUGUUAUUUUGAGGGACUGUUAAUUGUGUGUCGAUUGUUCGUCAUUUAUUUGUUUGUGUGAGAUGUUUGUGGGUACAAACUUUGGAAGACAAUCUAACAAAGCCAUCGGGGACAAAUUUGAAAUUGCUCUCUCUGUUUCAAAAUCUGUGUUAACUGCUGAAGGUGAGACCCAAUUUAACGUUGGUACUUUGCUUCUAUUAUAAAUUGACACAUGCGGUAAAGUGAUGUCACAACAUGACUAUUCUUAUAUAGACACGCAGUGAGCAGUGAUUGAGUGAGGAAGCGGUGUGUUUGUGUCACCUGUGCGUGUCUGUGUUCUCUUGCUGGCCCCAGGCAGUUAUCAGAAAUGUCUCUCCCUGCAUUUUUGCACUUUUUUUUUUUCCUGUCUUGGUCCUCAGGAAACAUCCAGUAACGCUCUGAAAAAAAAGGAACAAGUUUGUACAACUAGUGUGAAGGUUGUUUUCCCCCCCUCCCUCUUCCUUCUCUUAGUGCACAUGAUGUAGAGGGGGUGUGUGAGGUGUGCUGAGAACACACACUGAUGUCCUCGGAAAAGCUUGAUACGUUUGAAGAAAACGACACAAAAUCUUAUUAUUAAUAAAACUAUUUAAAUUGUGACUCAUGCUCCGAGAAGUUUGUCGACUUCAGUUUGAUCAAAGUCAUGGCUCGAGGGCUUGAUCUGGCCUGGUGCCUCGCAUCAGGCGGCCUGUGGAAGAUGGAAGUUUGCAGAGCUACCUCAAAAUUGUGCUACAUCUGUAUGAAUGUGAGGCGCACACUGAAAGUGUCUAUGCUGGCUUUAGUUUCAAGAAUUCUCGGAGAGACAUGUGGUUCACCCUCUUUCAUUUCCCAUUUCUUGUUAAAACGAUUA